GUCUUGGCCCCUGGCUGCCGCGCCAGCCCCUCUACGCGGCGGGGGACUCGGCUGCCUUGGCCCCUUCGCGCUGCCGUCUUUUCCGGCAGUUGGUGCGCUUCCUGUUGUACUUACCCGCACCCGCCCCUCGGACCCCUACCUCAGAGACCCUAACGCGUCCCACCUCUCCUCUAGUCCGCGGGCUGCUGCCACUGGGGCUUCGCCUGUCCGCCGGUCGAGAGAGGUCGCUGGCCGGGCGGGCGUCUGCGGCUGUCGCCGCCCCCAGCUCUUCCACCCACGGGGCUCUGCGGCCAUGGCAAUGACAGGCUCAACACCUUGCUCCUCCAUGAGUAAUCACACAAAGGAAAGGGUGACCAUGACCAAAGUGACACUGGAGAAUUUUUAUAGCAACCUUAUUGCUCAACAUGAAGAACGAGAAAUGAGACAAAAGAAGUUAGAGAAAGUGAUGGAGGAAGAAGGCCUGAAAGAUGAAGAGAAGCGUUUGAGGAGGUCAGCGCAUGCACGGAAGGAAACAGAGUUUCUUCGUUUGAAGAGAACAAGACUUGGAUUGGAAGAUUUUGAGUCCUUAAAAGUAAUAGGCAGAGGAGCAUUCGGUGAGGUGCGGCUUGUUCAGAAGAAAGAUACGGGGCAUGUGUAUGCAAUGAAAAUACUACGUAAAGCAGAUAUGCUUGAAAAAGAGCAGGUUGGCCACAUUCGUGCGGAGCGUGACAUUCUAGUGGAGGCAGACAGUUUGUGGGUUGUGAAAAUGUUCUAUAGUUUUCAGGAUAAGCUAAACCUCUACCUAAUCAUGGAGUUCCUGCCUGGAGGGGACAUGAUGACCCUAUUAAUGAAGAAAGAUACCCUGACAGAAGAGGAGACUCAGUUUUAUAUAGCAGAAACAGUAUUAGCCAUAGACUCCAUUCACCAACUUGGAUUCAUCCACAGAGACAUCAAGCCAGACAACCUUCUCCUGGACAGCAAGGGCCAUGUGAAGCUUUCUGACUUUGGCCUUUGCACAGGACUGAAAAAAGCACACAGGACAGAAUUUUAUAGGAAUCUGAACCACAGCCUCCCAAGUGAUUUCACUUUCCAGAACAUGAAUUCCAAAAGGAAAGCAGAAACCUGGAAAAGAAAUAGACGUCAGCUAGCCUUCUCCACGGUAGGCACUCCUGACUACAUUGCUCCUGAGGUGUUCAUGCAGACCGGGUACAACAAGCUCUGUGAUUGGUGGUCGCUUGGGGUGAUCAUGUAUGAGAUGCUCAUCGGCUACCCACCUUUCUGUUCUGAGACCCCUCAAGAGACAUAUAAGAAGGUGAUGAACUGGAAAGAAACUUUGACUUUUCCUCCAGAAGUUCCUAUCUCUGAGAAAGCCAAGGAUCUAAUUUUGAGAUUCUGCUGUGAGUGGGAACAUAGAAUUGGAGCCCCUGGAGUUGAGGAAAUCAAAAGUAAUUCUUUUUUUGAAGGCGUUGACUGGGAACAUAUCAGAGAGAGGCCUGCUGCAAUAUCUAUUGAGAUCAAAAGCAUUGAUGAUACCUCAAACUUCGAUGAGUUUCCAGAAUCUGACAUUCUUAAGCCAACAGUGGCUACCAGUAAUCACCCUGAGACUGACUACAAGAACAAAGACUGGGUCUUCAUUAAUUACACAUACAAGCGCUUUGAGGGCCUGACGGCUCGGGGGGCAAUACCUUCCUACAUGAAAGCAGCCAAAUAGUAUCCUUGAAACAGAAUUCUCAGUGGAGCAGAGUUAUUGGUAUAUCAUCACGGUUUUCCUCUCACACACUCUUUUGAAAGAGUUUCCAAGAAGUUUAUGGAACCCCCCAGUGUGUCAUGGUAAACUCUCCUGAAUGUGACAGUAAGUGAAUUCUCUUCCAUAAUACACUGGAAACCUGUAGAACAGAGACAACCAUUUCUACCACAUCAGCCAUAACAGCUGUACUGCUUCUCUAGAAGCCUCCUGAGCCAAUUUGAUAGAGGUUUUGAAAAACUUUUUUUCCUAAGUUCAUCAGAAUGAAGAAGAAACAACAGCCAUCAUCAAACAUUACUGAGAUUGUAACAUAGACUUAUUGACUGUCAGCCAAUUUCUGUGAUUUUAUGACAGACGUGCUUUCUGCCAAGCCCACCAAGUAUUUCUUUUUCCUUUACAGCUAAAAGUUCCAUAGUUCUAAGGAAAUAAAGCAAUAACAAAAGCCUCAGUAGCCAGCAUUCUGGCUGAAGGAAAUGAUCCACCAUCCUCUGAGUGGGUGGUGAUGGUGGUUUCUCCCUGUACCUCGGCCUGGGGCGAGUGGCUCCUGUUAGCCUCCAUUCAUGGUGCACUUUAUUUAUGGUACUAGGAUAAAGACCCUCAAUGCAUCGAUUUCUCUCCUCCUGCCCGUCUAAAACACUCGUGCUGCUUUUCUGAGUGUUGAUGGGGGAUACUAGUGUGAUCCAUUGUCGAUCUCAGAAGACCUGAGCCACUGGGCUUUGCCAAGGACUGCCAGAUCAUGUGGCAAACCCUUCCCAUCUCUUCAUGGCUGGAUCAGAAAAUCCCUCAGACGGAUGUUGUCGUGGACCAGCAGUAGCCACAGGUGCUGCCAGCAGGAACUCACUCUGGUCCUAGGAACACAGCGGGGAGAGUCCAGGCUGAGGCAGCAGGCCUGGAACUCUCUUGGCUAAGGUGCUGCUCCUGCUCGGUCUCCAGAGCCUCCUUGGAAGCGAAGGAACCAGCCCAAUAGAAAGUGCAGAGCCAGCCUACCAAUCCCUGUAAAGUUCACUCCCCAGUCCUUGGUGCAACUGUGCUUUGUCUUCUCUUGGUCUUUGUAUUUGUCCUCUCCAAUUUAAGUAACCAUUUUGCCUUGGAAUCAUGAUUACAGAUAUUUCCUUUGCAGAUGCCUUCCUGGGGGAUGCUCCUCUCUACCCUAAAGGGUAGCCUACAGCCUGGGCUGACCAGGCCUCUGCUGUGGCAUUCUCAAGAGAGACCCUCGGAAUUUUAGCACAAAGUGCCUUUUCUUUCACAGAUGCCACCACCUUUGGAGGAAUUUUGCUGCAUCAGAAAAAUGUGGAGGCUCCAUAUUAAUGCAUUAUUUUAAAAUUGUUGAUAACUCUGAAAGCAUCAUUUGCACCUGUGUGGUGAUUUUGCCUGUUGCAAAGCGUCAUGGCCAAGCUGUAGCUGGGAGGCCGCUUUCUGCUAGUCUUGAGGAUAAGAUCAACUUGAAAGUAUGUCCUGGCUGAGCCAUUCAGAAAUGAAAAAUGGGGUAUCAGAGUUACAGUAGUAAAUGAAACUGCUUUGGGUUUUAAUGUCUUAGAGGAAGAAAAAAGAGAAUAUUAGGGAAGUAUUAACUUUGGAUGAAGGUAAUGUUUGCCCCUUAAUCUUUCAUUCAUGGUCUGCUAGUGAAAAGGAAGUAAAUGAGAUUCUUUUGUGUCACUUUGUAGUUCUGUUGUAUUACCAAAUAGUUGAGGUUUUGACCCCCAGGUGUUUUGCAAGUAUGUGUGGUAAGCACGGUAGAGAAAAGUUCACAGGAGUGGUGAUAGACUGUGCGUGGGGAGUGGCAGGGGAUGAUUUGUUUUAGGGGAAAAUGCCCACAUUUUAGACUUCUGAAUAAACAGUGUGAAAACAGUGUGACUAUGAUGUGUUUUAAAGCAAAUGUGGGGGCGCCUGGGUGGCUCAGUCGGUUAAGCGUCUGCCUUCAGCUCAGGUCAUGAUCUCAGGGUCCUGGGAUCGAGGCCCACAUUGGGCUCUCUGCUCAGCGGGGAGCCUGCUUCUCCCUCUCCCUCUGCCGUCCCCAUCCCGCUUGUGCUCUCUCUCAAAUAGAUAAAAUCUUAAAGGAAAAAAAAAAUAAAGCAAAUGUGGCUUGUAACUGAAAGGGACCAGAUUGCUGGUGGCUUCUUUGAACCCGUUUGUGUAUCUUUGGAACACUUCAUCACCAUGUUUAGGCAACAUGCUUUUCUGUCUCAGGGAGGCUGGGGCCUGGUUUUUUCCCUGAGGAGUCUUCUGAGUUGGUUUGUACGAAAAGACCCAUCUUCUGUUGGCUGCAUGUGUUCUUCUCACCCGGCUCAGGCUUGCGGGACAGUGGGCUCUCCCCCUGCAGCAGGGCUAAGGGGGCACCUGCUGACAAGUGGUGGACUUAUGGACAUUCGUACAGCUGUUUACCCAGCCCGGGGUUGACCAGGACCCUCACAGGCUCUCAGGAUGGGACUUCUGCCGAGCCCUCUGGGUCCACCAGAGCAGGAGUCCUGUGGGGUCCCCUCAUUAGGCCCUUCUCUGGGUUAGGGAGAGGAGCCUCAGAAAGAGGCAAGAAGAGCGAAGGCUGUCCAGGGUCUGAAGUGCGGGCAGGAGGAAGUUGAACGCAGCCAGAAUGUAUGUUGUCUUUGCAAAACUUACGGAUUUCAAGAAAUAUGUUGGAAACCAUUGGUUUGGUAUUGGUCCUCCUCGCAGAUAGUUCUGCUUCCUACUCUCUUAAGAGGGGGUUAGGAAAAAGGACUCGAACCAUACUGCCCACAGAAGUGAAACUGCAUACUGAUGUCACCCAGUCUCCUCUUCAUUCAGGGGUGCAUCAGGAUUUUCUUCAGUACCUGUUUUUCUUUUUUAGGGUUUUCAAAGUAGGUUCCACACCCAACAUUGGGCUUGAACUCCUGACCCUGAGAUCAAGCAUCACACUCUAUACCAACUGAGCCAGCCAGCUGCCCCCCAGUACCUGUUUCUUUUUAGAAUUACUUUCCAAAAGUAAGCUAUGGAUGAGUUCCUUUGGGAUUAAUAUUCAGGCUUUGAAUAGCAGGUCGCAGGUUCCAAGCUCAUCUGUAUGGCAUAAUAGGAGUUCUCUGCCAUCAACUGCUAAUGCUUUCUCUCUGAAUAGCUUAUAUGGAAGGCAUAUUCGGGUUUCACUCUCUCCUGUUUGUCUCUCCUGGGCCUCUGCAUGUAGCCUCAAAUGGUAUUUUUUCUUGAACUCAAAGGAUUCAGUGAAUGGUAGUUUCCUUUGCAAGGUAGUUUACAUUUCCCUGGAAUGACCUGUGAAAGCCAACACUGACCUAAAAACAACUGCCAUGAUGCAUUUUCAGGCAUACUUUCAGCCCAAAUCAUAUUGAAGCAUCCAUCAUGUAUAGAGCACAGUGCUGGGCAAUCUGGGAGGCACUGGGGAGCCUAUCAUGGUCCUGAACUGCAGAGCAGUUGGAGAAUUCCCACCAAGUGGCUUAACAGCACGCAGUACUACGGUGUAGCAGUACUGUGAAGCUGACCUAGAGUUGUUAGGGAAGCUGAGGGAAGCUUCCAGAAGUUUUUUAGUUGCGGUGACUUGUAGAGGUGAUACAGCCCAGGAUUUUGGAGGCCAGUAGGUUUGGUCUUGUGCUACGGCAGAGGCGUGAAGUUGUUACUUUGGAAGGAACAUUCUGGGAUCUUUGUUACUUCAUUUCCCUCUUCCACUUCACCUCAUCUAAUUUCUGUCCUUAAUGUGAAAACAUGUUUUCAUUAUCCCAGGUAUAAAGCAUACUAUUCAUUUUCAUAGUCAUUCCUCUGGUUAUGCAUGUCCUGACUGCCAUAGCCAUUGGCUUCCCUUCAGCCCUCAUUGUGGGUUUUUGUUUUUUUAGAUUUUAUUUAUUUGAGAGAGGAGAGCAGGGGGAAGAGGGGCAGAGGCAGAGGCAGAAGCAGGCUUCCCGCUGAGCAGGGAUUCCCCACUGUGGGGUUUGAUCCUGUGACCCUGGGAUCAGGACCUGAGCCAAAGGCAUCUUGCUUAGCCGACUGAGUCACCCAGGCGCCCUUUCAGCCCUCAUCUUACUUGAUCAACCUGUUGCACGCAUAUUCUUAACUUCAAAAAACACGCAAAAAACUCUGUUCUUACCCAACUUCUUUCCCUCGCCACCACUUAAAUGCUAGUAAUCAUCCAAGCAAUGCCUUUGCCCUCUUUUUACUCCUGUGAUCUCAGUGAUCUCCCCAACACUGUGGCUUCAGCUCCCAUUUUUUGUGGUGAGGUCAUCAAAGUGACCAGCUUCGCAGCUCCAUCCCCAGAACUCUAGAUCCCAUAUAGCCAAGAGCCCUUAGACAUCACCAUCUGGAAGGCCUUGUUCAGGCUCAAACUAACACUACUCCAAAUGAAGCUCCUCUUGCGUCCAGUUGCCUUUUUGACUCCGUCUACUCAGCUGUCCAGCUGGAAACGUCUUAUACAGCUCCUGUCGUAAACAGGCACAACUCUGGGGCAUGGCCAUCCGUUCCACCAGUGCUUUCGUUUCUUGCUACAUCUACUGCAGUGACCCCUUAGCUGAACUCUUUGUCCCUGGUCCUUCCCCUUUCAAGUCCACUGCCCUCCCUGCUGCCAAAGAAAUUCAAGUUUCAGGUUUGAUCAUGUCAUUCUCCUGCAUAAAACCCUUUCAGGCUCCCAGUGGUUUAUAUAAAUGAGAACAAACACCUUUGAGGUAGAAGGGUCGUUCCUCACUCUGGCUUCAUCUCUGCAUCACCCCAUCACCCCAUCUUCCCUGAUCAUUUCACCUUUGCAUCUUUGCUCAUAGUUAAUUGGUCUGAAAUACCUCCUUCCUGCAUGUUCGUGGAUCCAAGACAACCAGUAUUCAUUCUUCAUGACUUGGUUCCUGUAUCACUUCUAGAAUUCUCUUGUGAACUCUCAUGGUAAAAACUGGCUGCUCUAUCAUUUUGCGUUUCCUGAGUGACCUGGACUAUUCAUAGAUCUGUUUUCCCCGCAAGUAUAAGAACCCCUAGGAGAGGAACUAUGUUCUGGUCAUUGUGUCCCUGUGGUCGUGCACUGCUUGGCACAUAAGAAUAUACUGAGCACGUCGUGUCUUCAGAGCAUGUCCUUAACCUCUGCUGGUAAACCAAUAAGCUCCCAGGCUAAGUGAGCUGAGGAACUCCAGAGGCACCUGACUAGAGUUGGGCCAAAUCAGAUCAAAGGAGGGGCCAGAAGCUUUACAGCAAUGUUUCCAAGGGAACUGCCUUUCAUUCCUGCCAUGGCUCCUGGCUUGUUUGAAACCAGAACAUAAAAGUCUAUGAGUCCUCUUACAUUCCAGAUUUAUACUUGGCUUUGUGGGGGUCCUACUUGGUUGGAUUUGAGAAUUCAGGAGGUCUUGAAUAUAAAUUAGCCAGGAACUCAAGAAGGCAGACUAUUAGGGUUCUGGAACUGUGAGUUAUAGACAGUAGAAUGGGAAAGGCAUGCCCUGGCUCAAAGUGACCCUGUGGCCCCAUAGGAAAAGAGGUUCUGUUCUGGGCAGUCAAGAUGCUGCUGCUUUGGGUCCCUUUGAACAUCCUGACUUUUGGCUUUAUUUUCUGCUAAAAAAACAACAUGGACACAAAUGAUAAUAUUUUAUUAUAGAAAAAGCAUCCCACAUAAAGGAUUUUGUAAACACUGUAGGUGAACAAGUGCAAUUUAAAAAAGGAAAUACAAAGUAAAGAGGCAAAAUCUACAAGCAUUUUGCCUAAAUUUAAGAGAAUAUGUAAUGUUCUCCUGCAGAAGUGAUCCCACCCAGAGCACGAAUGUGGCUCCAUGUCCCCCAGUGAAGGCAGCAGGUAUGCUUUCUGAACUCGUAUGCCCGUUUUAACAAUUUCAAAACAAUGGCAAGAAGUGGCAUUGAAUAAAUUACUAAAACCCUUCGAUUCUUAACUUUCUAUUGAAACUUGAUUUAAAAGA